AUGGAUCAGUGGGAGAGAUACCAUCAAUCUCAACCUGCUGAAAAUGGUAAGCACGGUGUAUCGUCCUUCGUUCAUUCACAAAAUUUCAGUUGAUUGGGCACAUUUGGCUCAACAAUGGGUGGCAAACAAAGAGCAACAAGAGCAAGGUUAUCAGGGAAAUUGGAAUGUUCCACAGCAAAAUUUCAACGAAGGAUGGGGUGAUUCUCCUUGGACAAAUCAUCAAGGUUUUCAACUAGUUCUCUGAAAAAACUUUAUAUUAAAAAAAAUAAUUUCAGAUCAAUGGGAUCCGCCUCAACGACAUCACCAACAUCAUGCGCCGCCGCCUCCUCAACAAAUGCAAAUGCACCAAAUGUAUCCGGGUAACUAUAGAAAUUCUUCGAAUUAUGGUGUGUUAUCUCUCUAAAAGUCGAAACUUCUUUGACAAAAAUACGAAUAAACUGAAAUCAGGUCCCUCAUAUGCUCCACCACCACCACCUCCUUCUAAUACAUGGCGUGGUCCACCUCAACCAAUGUUCCCAGCUGGUGAAGCACCGGCUCCUGUUCCAGCUCCGCGAAAACCGGCGCCAAGUUUAUUUGCGGCUCACGCGGAUGAUUAUCCACAAAAAUGUAAAUGAAAUUUGAAAAUGAUUCUAAAUAGAAAUAAUUUUUCCAGCAACAACAUAUUUCGGAGGUCCACCAAAAACUUCACGGCAACCAGUUCCACCUCCGCCAAAAUCUACAAAUCCAUAUUCAGCAAAUCUAACACCUCUUGGCCCUCCACCUUCAUCAUCUGGUCUAUUUUUCAACAAUGAACCAGCUCCUCCAGCUUCAAAACUUCCAAGUCUAAUGGCAAAACCAGUUGCACCACCGCCGCCAAAAAUGCUCAACGAAGAGCAACAUGAAUUCUAUAACACCGGGUUCAGUCAAAUGGAUGCGGCGACUCGGAAAAGACUUCCAGCGUGGAUAUUGGAGGGGCUGGAAAAAGCUGAGAAAGAGAAGAUGAAAGAGCGGGAGAAGGAGGAGAAAUUGAAGCGGGCUGAGGAGGAGCGAGCUAAGCGACGGGCUGAAUCUGGGAAGAGCAAAUUUGUGAGUUUUACUUGAUUUCAAGGGAUUUGAGUAUAAAAAUUGAUAUUAUUUAGGAUAGUUCAAGUGACGAAGAUGAGGAUCAUCCGGAAGCUCCGAAAAAAUCGUGGCAAAAUGACGGGGAUCCGGUAUUUUCAAGGAAUCAACGUGAUGAAGAAGACACCGAUGAUGAAGAAGAACGAAGAGAAGCUUUUGUGAGUUUUUUAUUUUGAAAAAAAACAGGCGGUCUGCAAAUAUUCGUCACCGUGUUGUGCGUAAAGUCUAAAUUUGUGCAUAACAAGGGACUUACAUUAGGGUGAUAACGGGUUUUGAAAUAAGGCAAGCACAGUCUUAUGUAACUCGCCUCGCUGCUGCAAAAAUUAGCUGCUGAGCUCCAGUCUGAGCCGCGCAAAUGAGCUCCGAAGCGAAUUUUGUAACAAAAAAAUACGAAAUGUUUGAAUUAAAAAGAUUCACGUUUCUUUGGAAAUUGAAGCAAUUUUUCACGUGAACAUUUUUUAUUCAAAUUUUUUUGGUGUCAACUUUUCGAUGGUCCCAAAAUCGUCUUCAAACACCAAUUUUCGACAAAAAUAAAUAUUCGCAACGUUCAAUUCGGCCCAAAUAACCCUAGAGUACUUCUAUUCUAUUUCAUAUGAAAAUUGAGAUUUUCUGAGAAAACUUUGGAGCUCACAAUCAGCAGCUAAUUUUUGCGCGAUAAUGAUCAGCGCGUCGAGUUACCUAAUACGUAUAACUAAUUUCAAAACCCGUUAUCACCCUAAUGUAAGUCUCUUGUAAAGCAUAGACACUUUAAAACAAGAAAAUGCGCUUUACUGCACAAUUUUUGCGUGCAAAACUUUAAUUCCAGAUGAAGUGCGUGAAAACAUUGAUGAUGAAUUCGCUUCUCGAAUCAAGCAAUGAAGCGAUUAUGAAAAUUGUGUUGGAAUGUGUGAAGGAAAAUGAAAUUGAGCGAAAAAAUCGAUUGUCAAAUGGUAUUCCCUUAUUUUAUUCUUGAAUUAAUUAAUUUAAAUUUUUUUAAAUUUUUCCAGCUGCUCCACAAAUCGUAUCAAAGAGCAAUGCAUUGGCAGCACUUGCAGCAUUCGGUAAUUUUUUUUCGAAUUCAGGAUUCAGGAUGAAUUUCCAAACCGUGUUUCAGGAGAUGACGAUGAUAGCGAUAGCGAAAAUGAUCAGCGAAGUGGCAGCGAUUCACCAAUGGAUGGAGAUUCUUUUAAAACACCCGUGGGUAUUCCAAUUCGAAAAAUAAGUUCAAACAGGUUGUCCUCUUCUUCUUCUCCUUCAAAUCUUGAAAAGAGAUCAAGUGAAGAACUUGAGGAAAAGGAAAAAGUAAUGGUAAACCAAGGUAUGUAUUUAAUAUUUAUAAUUUUAUUUAAAAAUAAAAACUUAAGGGGAAAUUGGGGCCCAGGGGAAUUUCAAAAAUACUCCCUAUUUUUUUCAGAUUCUUCUUCUUCUUCCGUUGAAAAACACAUUGAUGAAAAAGAGAUAAAAGGUGAGCAAAAAAAGUUUUGAAACAAAAACCAACAAAAAAAAGUUUUUGUUUUCAGAAAGUUCACAUAAAAAGUCGAGCAAAAAGGAGAAGAAGAAUAAAAGAAGUCGAUCAAGAGAUCGUGAAUAUUCUUCGCGAAGUCGUCGAAGUCGUAGUCGAAGUUCGGAACGUCGACGCAAACGAUCUCGAAGCUCUGAAAGAUCGAAGAGAUCUAGAUCUAGAUCUAGAGAAAGAGAUCGUAAACGAGAUCGAGAUCGACGUUAA